CCGCCCGACCGUGCCGGACCCGCCACUCUGCCCCCUCCCCCCUUCUUCUCCGGUGGCGGCGGAUCUUGCGUUCUCAACGGCGGCGGCGGAGCCCUCGUUCUCAACGGCGGCGGAGCCUUCGUCCUCAAAAAAUGGUGAGUGAAAACCCUAGUCCCCCUCCCGUUCCUCUCUCGGCCCCGUAGAUCUCAGCUCGUUUCCUCUGUUUUCGCUUGUUGAAUCGAUAGGUUGUGAGGGGAGCCCGUGGGCAUACUGAGAUGGAGCCCCCAGAUUCAACUUCGAAUAGAGGGGAUGCUGCCGCUCGGACCUUCGAAUUGACGGUCAAUUUCUUUCCAUCAAAGGCAAAAUUAGUUGAUGGUAGCAUUCAGAACAUUGAGAGAGACACAAUUGUUAAAUGGGAGGUUGAGUUUACAGAGAUUGAUCCACAAGUUCUACAGAACAUGGGAGAGAAGGCAGUGAAGAAAUGGGUGGAAGAAAUUGGGGAGAAUGUUGUUUGGGGUCUAGAGCAAGAAGUAUCACUGUUGCAGUUUGAUGAUUGGAAAGGAGAGUAUGUGAGAAUGGAAGAUGGUGAACAGAUUUGUGGAAGGCAAAACAAAGGACAAUGA